UAUAUCAAUAUCUUCAUGGAGAUGGUAGAUGGCGAUAUGUGUAUAUAUAGAGAUUGGAUCCUUGGAAUUCAUUUGUCAUAGAAAGGCCAAAGCUUUUCCUGGAAAAUGCAGCGUCUUAGUUCAUCAUUGCUGGCUUGUAUGUUACUGUUACUGGCAAGUGUAUGUAAGGCCAAUGAAGUAGCAAAUACUAUUUUUGUUGAUAAAUCAGGCAAGGGAAACUUCACUGCAAUUCAAAAAGCCAUUGAUUCCAUUCCACAAAAUAAUACUGAAUGGAUACGUAUCCAAAUUUCUGCCGACAAAUACAGGUAUGAAAAAGUUGUAAUUCCAGCAAACAAGCCGUUCAUUUUUCUGGAAGGAGCUGGCAGAAAUAAUACAAGUAUUGAAUAUGGCGACGAUCAAGACUUACCAACUAGUGCCACCUUCAUUUCGUAUGCUGAUAAUAUUAAAGCUGAAGGCAUUACAAUCAAGUCGUGGGCUAUUGUUAUAUUUCUACAGAACACGUAUAAUUUACAAAAUGGAGGACAAAAUAUAACCAUGAAACGAGCUACUGCAAUUAGAAUACAAGGUGAUAAAUCUGCUUUCUACGACUGUGCCUUUGUUGGGAUACAAGAUACGUUCUUUGAUGAUAAAGGCAGCCACUACUUCAAGAACUGCUAUAUUGAAGGGGCUAUAGAUUUCAUUUAUGGAUCUGCUCAAUCUAUCUAUGAGGAAUGCGUAAUAUCGCUUAAUGUAGGGAAAUAUGACCCAGGGUUACCCAGCAGUAUAACAGCUCAGAAGAAGGCAGAGCCCGAAGAUCCCAGUGGCUUCGUGUUCAAAAACUGUGAAAUAACAGGGACUGGUAAAGCUCAUCUUGGAAGAGCUUGGGGACCAUAUUCUACUGUCAUUAUUUAUAACUCAACCAUUUCAGACAUCAUACUCCCUCAAGGUUGGAAUGCUUGGCACUUUGUAGGACACGAAGAGAAUUUUACAUACGUGGAGGCCAAUAAUACGGGAGCAGGAGCUGAUACUUCCCGUCGAGUGCCUUGGUUAAAGAAAUUUGAUGCUUCAGAACUCAGCAAAUUUGUUGACUUGUCGUAUAUUGAUAGGGAUGGUUGGAUUGAGAAGCUGCCCACUACAUCCCUAAUUACUUAAACUUCUUAUGUUGGCAUAUAUGCAAUUUGCCUAA